AUGGCACGCUCCUCCGCGUUGUCCGUGGCCCUGGCACUCUUCACCGUCCUGGCCCUGUUCCAGCGCUGGGCCCCGAGCUUUGCAUCGCCAAGCCCAAACCGGCGGGAGGUUCUGCAGGCCGCAGGUGUGGCCGUGGCCACCGCAGGGGUGCAGGCAGCCUACGCCGAUGCCCAGGGCGAGCCCGUGACGGCCCUGGCCCGCUACGGACCCCAGGUUUUGGGCUUGAAGGCAGCUGUGGAGAAGGGUGACAUGCAGACGAUCCUCAAGAAGGAGCCCAAGUUCAAGGCGCUCAAUAGCUACUGGCGCAACCAGCCUGGAUUCUUUGAGAAGAAGGCAGAGCUCACUGAAAAGCUGCUGGAGGCUGCGGACUCCGGCAACAAGGCUGAGGUCCAGAAGCUCUACACCGAGUACGUCUCGGAUCCUGUCUUCGAGGCAUUCAAGGUGCCAGUGAAGCGAGCCAAGGACACCGUCACCAUCUACGCCUACGGCGCCGGCAAGUCUACGUACGAGAAGUGA